AUGGGAGACCAGCAAAACGUUUAUAUUGUUUUCUUGUUUGUGUUUCUUUUAUUUGGUUCGGGUCAUGGCAAGAUCCCACCAUUCUGGCGUGAUACGCACGUCACGAUGACAAACUCGAUUGGCGGUCCACCUCUUACCAUACAUUGCAAAUCCAAGCAAGACGAUCUAGGACCUCACGUGGUGCCUUUCCACCAAUUUUACGAAUUCAAGUUCCAACCAAAUUUCUGGAAAUCAACAUUGUUCUUUUGCAGUUUUCAGUGGGGCAAGCAAUUCAAAUGGUUUGAUAUAUUUGAUGCUCAGAGAGAUCAAGAUAUAUGUAAAGAUCAAUGUAAAUGGGAUAUAAAACCUAAUGGUCCAUGCAGGCUCGAUAAAAAAGGCCCUAAAUGUUUUCCUUGGAAUAAGUAA